AGUUCACCACACACACACAAAGGUAACUUAGUUGAGAGAAAGAGAAAGAGAGAGAGAACAAAACGUCUCACUCAAUCCCUCCACACACACAUCAGUCCCAAAAACCUAAAGCAAGAACCUUUAGCGAGUUUUGAUUCUUUCAUCUUCACCAACAACAAACAAUAACAACAAUUCCCCUGUUUUCUCUUACUUACCUCACGUCCCGAGAGAAGAAGGUCAUGGGGAUUUCGAACAAACCUCACCACCAACUCGACGGUGGUGAGAUGAUGAUACGUGAAACUACCGACGGUAAAAAAAGGAUCGUCAUCGCUGGAAUUACCUCACGUUCGCCGCUCAAGCAGAUUAAUCUACCUUCCGGUGUCACUCUCACCGAAACAGAGGAUCAAGAUCAGUGUCCUACAACACCCACGGCGCUUUCCGUCAGGAUUCCGAGGGUUCCUCCGUGUCCAGCGGCGCCAAGAAAGCGAAAGCCCUCGUCUAAAUGCAGCUACGGCGCCGCCACUAGAGUUUUCUUCUCUCCGCCUGACCUCGAAACCGUUUUCAUUCAGAGACCUAGUUAUUAGCUCGAUCUGUUUUCACUACUCUGCACUCUCUCUCUCUUUCUAACCUUCUCUAGGGUUUUAAAUUUUAGAAUAAUCUGUUUUAGCGCUUUAGUUCUCGAUUCUGGUUCAGCAGUAUGAACUAAGAACCUGAAUUUACUAUAUUUGCUUCUCGUCAGUUGUAUCAAUGUUAUUAGGACACUAAUCAAGGUUAGUGAAUAGGAAGUG